AUGUUUAUUUCCAACUUGAACGAGUCGACAGUUGCCGCCAACUCGCGUGAGGACAAGCGUGAGGAGAUCCGCCUUGAUAUGGAAGCAUAUGACCAUGCCAUCUACAUUGACACUAGUGAGCCUGGCAAGAGUGCCAUAUCUGGCCCUCGGUACGAGACGAGGCUGGAGUCGAAGUAUUUGGAUGGUUCUGACCUCUCCAAGCGAUUCCGGGUUGAAACGUUUCGAUCCCCGGGAGUCCUCGGCGAUGCGUCAACACCGAGGGCAUCCCUCCGAUGCUACUUCGUGUACCAGUGCCAGUUUGUCGAUCCAGCCGCCGACCCUACUGAAUCCCGCCUCGAAGUCAUCAGCGACCGCAUGUUUCUCGCGAAGGCAACGAAGAACACGAAGCAGAUCUACCAGGAAAUAAUUGAGCUCGCAGUCAGCCGAACUGGACCUGUCAUCGAAGUGUUUGAUAUUGAAGACUCCCAAGAGAAGCGGCUGGUUGUUGCUUUUCGUUCACGAACAGCCCGCGGCAUGUUCAGCGCGCUUAGCGAUCUAUACCACUACUAUGGUGUCACCAGCUCGCGGAAGUACGUCGAACAGUUCUCAAAUGGUAUCACCGUCAUGAGUAUCUACCUUCGACCAGCUGCGAAUCUCGAUAGAGGAUUUCCCCCUCUAGAGCAGUCCAUCCACCAGAUCACCAAAGAGAUCUCGCUUCUGUACUGUGUCCCGUAUAACAAGCUCCACAAUCUUUUCGCUUCAGGCGAGCUUAGCCUGCAAGAAGCAAUUUACGGGCAUUGUGUCUGGGUGUUUGUUCAGCACUUCCUCAACCGCCUUGGUUCCGAAUAUGCGUCACUCUCGGACGCUCUUGACGUGAAGAACAACGCCCAUAUGCUUCUUCUUUCGAAGUUGAAGCGGCGACUCCGGACCGAGACAUUCACACCGGACUAUAUCCUGGAGAUUGUGUCCUCUUAUCCAAAUCUUGUCCGAGCUCUUUAUGCGUCAUUUGCGAGCGUCCACCUCGCGGUUGGCCCAGGUUUUGAGCGUCGCUCUAUUGCUCCGACACCCACUGUUAAGGUCCUUUCGGAUGAAGACUUGAGGGCCAAAAUUACCAAGGAAGUGUCCAAUGAGCACGAGGAAAUGGUCAUGACUGCUUUCCGAGUGUUCAACAAUGCCGUUUUGAAGACGAACUAUUUUACACCAACGAAGGUCGCCCUGAGCUUCCGCCUCGACCCUUCCUUCCUUCCUGAGUUUGAGUACCCUCGCCGUCUGUACGGGAUGUUCCUCGUUAUCAGCUCAGAAUCGCGUGGCUUCCACCUUCGCUUUAGAGACAUCGCCCGGGGCGGCAUUCGGAUUGUCAAGUCACGAAGCAAGGAGGCCUAUGGCAUCAAUGCCCGCAAUCUUUUCGAUGAAAACUACGGUCUAGCGAGCACACAACAGCGCAAAAACAAGGACAUCCCAGAAGGUGGUUCCAAGGGUGUUAUCCUACUCGACCCCAAACAACAGGACAAAGCCCGUGAAGCGUUCGAAAAAUACAUCGACAGCAUCCUCGACCUCUUGCUGCCGGCUGAAACGCCUGGCAUCAAGAAUCCGAUAGUGGAUCUGUACGGGAAAGAAGAGAUUCUCUUUAUGGGGCCAGAUGAAAACACGGCAGAUCUGGUCGAUUGGGCAACCAAACAUGCAUUCGAUCGGGGGGCCCCGUUUUGGAAAUCUUUUUUCACUGGAAAAUCGCCCACUCUGGGUGGUAUCCCACACGACGAGUAUGGAAUGACGACGCUUUCCGUUCGCGAGUACGUCCAAGGGAUCUACCGGAAGCUGCGGCUAGAUCCUUCCCAUGUUCAGAAGAUGCAGACCGGAGGCCCUGAUGGUGAUCUUGGCAGCAAUGAAAUUCUUCUCAGUAACGAAAAGUACACGUCCGUUAUAGAUGGGUCUGGUGUGCUCGUCGAUCCCAAUGGAAUUGAUAAGGGGGAGCUUAUUCGACUAGCGAAAAGCCGAGUCAUGGUCUCGCAAUUUGACUUGGCCAAGCUCUCCAGCGAUGGAUAUCGUGUCCUGUGUGAUGACUCAAACGUUACUCUGCCUACGGGCGAAGUUGUCGCCAAUGGUACAGCUUUCCGCAAUACCUACCACCUUCGUGAUACGGGGAUGACGGAUAUGUUUGUUCCGUGUGGUGGCCGACCUGAAUCCAUUGACCUCGUUUCUGUGAACAAGAUCAUCAAGGAUGGCAAGUCGAUCAUCCCAUACAUCGUUGAAGGUGCGAAUUUAUUCAUCACACAAGACGCCAAGGGCCGCCUCGAGUCGGCAGGAUGCAUUUUGAUCAAGGAUGCCUCGGCCAACAAAGGCGGUGUGACCUCUUCGUCUCUCGAGGUACUUGCGUCCUUGUCUUUUGAUGACGCUGGCUUCCGGCAGCACAUGUGCCACGACGACAAGGGUGUGGCGCCAGAGUUCUACAAAGCCUAUGUUAAGGAAGUUCAGAACAAGAUUCGCGAAAAUGCGCGUCUUGAAUUCGAAGCGAUUUGGCGGGAGCAUGAGGAGACUGGGGUGUCUCGCUCAGUUUUGUCUGACAAGCUUUCCGUCGCCAUCACGACUCUAGAUGAGGAGCUUCAGAAGUCGGAUUUGUGGGCGGAUGAAAAAAUCCGGCGGCACGUUCUUGGCGAUGCGCUUCCGAAGCUCCUUAUAGACCAGAUCGGACUUGACACGAUAAUUCAACGCGUUCCUGAUGCUUACCUGAGAGCUAUCUUUGGCAGCUUCUUAGCGAGCCGCUUCGUCUACGAGUUCGGUUCGUCUCCAAGCCAGUUCGCUUUCUUUGAUUUGUAA